GUUGUUUGCGUAAGCCUAAAUGAAUAGGGCAUCUACGCUAUAGUCUCUCACACGCCCGCUUCUUCUUACGCACAAUACGUAGCAGAGAACGCCAGCAUGGGGAAGUUCGGGUUGCAGUUUAAGGCGACGUUGGAGAACGUUACAAAUGUGAGGCCGGACGGGGAGGACUUUCGCUGGUAUUUAAAGCUGAAGUGUGGGAACUGUGGUGAGGUCUCUGAAAAAUGGCAGUAUAUCACACUAAUGGACAGUAUGCCGCUGAAAGGAGGAAGAGGCAGUGCCAGCAUGGUUCAGAAGUGUAAACUGUGUUCCCGGGAAAACUCUAUAGAUAUCCUGAAGGAUACUAUUACACCGUAUAACGCGGAGGACAGUGAAAGGUUUAAGACGAUUGUGCAGUUUGAGUGUCGAGGUUUAGAACCAGUGGACUUCCAACCACAGGCUGGCUUUGCAGCCAAAGGGGCCGAGACCACUACCCAGUUUCCUGAAAUUAACCUUCAGGAGAAAGAUUGGACAGACUACGAUGAGAAGGCCAGUGAGUCUGUGGGUAUCUAUGAAGUCACACAUCAGUUCAUCAAGUGCUGAAGAACCUCCUGAAGCAGCGCAGAUUUAAAGGCUUGAGCUCCACCUGAGAAACCAUGAAACAAGACCAGUUGUAAAUAAUUGAAAUUAUUAUUUUUGGUCAGUUAUGAAUGGCUACAUUGAACAGCAGGAUGAAGAGCUGUUACUCUGUGAAGGAAGGACGGACAGCAGUUUUGGAGAUGCUGGAUAAAAAGACAAUAAACCAUUUUUCCUUGACCAAA